CCCCCUCCCCCUGCUAUGGCGUAACGCCUCUGUCAGUUCGUCCGACCUUCCGCUCUUCCUCUUUCGCACACUUCCUGGUCGCCUUGGGACUCCCGACAUCACACGGCCCCGCGUCCCCACGGCCCCGGGAUGAAGCCCGGAUCUCCCCUCUUAGGCCUGCUCCUGGUUCUGCUCGGAAACGUCCAAGCACAGUCUCAGAAAGACUGCAGCGGGUGUUACCCGGUGAGCCCGGGGAUCCUGGCCGGGAUCAUUCUGGGAGACCUCGCCCUGACGCUGCUCAUUGCCCUGGCUGUGUAUUACCUGGCCAGAAUGGUACCCCUGACCCGGGGGGCUGCCGGAGCAGCCGCAGAUGCAGUUUCACGGAAACAGCGGACCACAGAGCCCGAGUCGCACUAUCAGGAGCUGCAGGGCCCGAGAACUGACAUCUACAGCGACCUCAACACGCAACGGCGCUACUGACCCCGGCCCCCACGCCCCUCGAGGAGAGGCCGGGAUCCGUCAGAAAUCCUCACCAACCGCCCGGACCCGCAGAUGGACUCCUGCCCGCACGACCUUCGAACCUCCAGUGUCCCACUAGUCGCCACUAGCUCCCGCACCCCAAUAAAUGAAUUAAAACAA